GCACUUAGUGCGACGUCGCAGUCAGACGGUAUUCGUUACGUUGGAGAGACAUUAACGUUUGUGAAAGACAGCAGCAAGUUCGGUAACAAAGCACCACGAUAAAUACAAUUUAAGCAAAAAACAAACGAAACUUAGUACAUUUUAAUUUAUCCUAUAAAAAAUAUCGUUGUACAGUACAUAACCAACAAUGUCUAGUUUAAAGCGUUUUGAUGAUGAAGAUCGCGAAUCCAGGUAUGGACGCGUAUUCGCUGUCUCCGGUCCUGUCGUUACUGCUGAAUGCAUGUCAGGCUCUGCUAUGUACGAGUUGGUACGUGUCGGUUACUAUGAACUUGUCGGUGAAAUUAUUCGUCUUGAAGGUGAUAUGGCUACAAUUCAGGUAUACGAAGAAACUUCUGGUGUAACCGUUGGUGAUCCCGUGUUACGUACAGGCAAACCAUUGUCUGUUGAAUUGGGUCCCGGUAUUAUGGGUAGCAUUUUUGAUGGUAUCCAGCGUCCAUUGAAAGACAUUAAUGAAUUGACAAAUUCCAUUUAUAUACCAAAGGGUGUUAAUGUACCCGCAUUAUCUCGCAACCAAGCAUGGGAAUUCAAUCCACUUAAUGUUAAAGUUGGCUCACACAUCACCGGUGGUGAUUUGUAUGGUUUAGUACAUGAAAAUACAUUAGUCAAACACAAGAUGAUUAUUAAUCCACGUGGUAAGGGUACUGUACGCUAUAUUGCACCAGCUGGCAAUUACAAUGUAGAAGAUAUUGUAUUGGAAACUGAAUUUGAUGGUGAAAUUACAAAACACACUAUGUUGCAAGUGUGGCCUGUACGUCAACCACGUCCAGUUACUGAAAAAUUACCCGCAAAUCAUCCAUUGUUGACUGGUCAACGUGUAUUGGAUUCACUAUUCCCCUGUGUCCAAGGUGGUACAACAGCUAUUCCUGGUGCUUUCGGUUGUGGUAAAACUGUCAUUUCACAAGCUUUGUCCAAGUACUCCAAUUCUGAUGUUAUUAUUUACGUUGGUUGCGGUGAACGUGGUAACGAAAUGUCUGAAGUAUUGCGUGAUUUCCCUGAAUUGUCCGUUGAAAUUGAUGGUGUCACUGAAUCUAUUAUGAAACGUACUGCUCUUGUUGCCAACACAUCUAACAUGCCUGUCGCUGCUCGUGAAGCUUCUAUUUACACCGGUAUUACACUUUCUGAAUACUUCCGUGAUAUGGGUUACAACGUAUCUAUGAUGGCUGAUUCCACAUCACGUUGGGCUGAAGCUCUUCGUGAAAUUUCUGGUCGUCUCGCUGAAAUGCCUGCCGAUUCCGGUUAUCCAGCUUACUUGGGUGCACGUUUAGCUUCCUUCUACGAACGUGCUGGUCGUGUGAAAUGUUUGGGUAAUCCUGAACGUGAAGGUUCUGUAUCCAUUGUUGGUGCUGUAUCACCACCUGGUGGCGAUUUCUCAGAUCCUGUCACUUCAGCUACAUUGGGUAUUGUACAAGUGUUCUGGGGUUUAGAUAAAAAACUCGCUCAACGUAAACAUUUCCCCUCAAUCAAUUGGUUGAUCUCCUAUUCCAAAUAUAUGCGCGCUUUGGAUGAUUUCUAUGAUAAGAACUUCCCUGAAUUCGUACCAUUGCGUACAAAAGUAAAGGAAAUCUUACAAGAAGAAGAAGAUUUGUCAGAAAUUGUACAAUUGGUCGGUAAAGCUUCUUUGGCUGAAACCGAUAAAAUUACUCUUGAAGUUGCCAAAUUGUUAAAGGAUGAUUUCUUGCAACAAAACUCGUAUUCAUCCUACGAUCGUUUCUGUCCUUUCUAUAAGACCGUCGGCAUGUUGAAAAAUAUUAUUGCCUUCUAUGAUAUGGCACGUCAUUCAGUUGAAUCAACCGCACAAUCUGAAAAUAAGAUUACAUGGAAUGUUAUUCGCGAAGCAAUGGGCAAUAUCAUGUAUCAAUUAUCUUCAAUGAAAUUCAAGGAUCCCGUUAAGGAUGGUGAAGCUAAAAUCAAAGCCGAUUUCGAACAGUUACAUGAAGAUUUGCAACAAGCUUUCAGAAACUUGGAAGAUUAAACCAAUUUUUUUGGUUUAUGCUUAUUAACUUAACGAAAUCUAAUCUAAUUGUUAUGUAGUUUAUAUAGUAAUGCAGAAAACAAACAAACCAACCAACCAACAAACAAACACAACAAAUCCAAACUAAAAAUCUGGUCCAACCGUUAAGUCAAUUACUGACGAACGUUUAACGCCGAUAAAUUUCCAGCAUUCCAUUGUUUAAUUGUGAUUUGUAAGAAUUGUACAAAUAGUGAAACAGAAUUCAAUUCUAAAGUCCAGCAAAUAUUUUGCUCUAAAAUUGUAAAGUAAUCAUUCCGGCCUCUUUGUAUUGCUUUUGUUAAAACUUACCUAACAUAUCCGUUUUGGGUAAUUUUCCAUUUUGUUUGAAUAAGUACAAGAAUGUGCCUUUAAAUCUUUUUUUUUUGUUAGUUCUAGUUUGUAUUUGGAAUGUAGUUGUGCAUUUAUUGUGAACUCCUUAAGGACGCACACUUCCAUUGAUAUAAAUACAUAUACUUACUUAUUUACUUACACUUAUAUAUACACACACACGCAUACUUACCGAUAUA